AUGUCAUCAUUUUCGGCAGUUCUUCAAACCAUCCACGAUGGACCCCCUAAAGAAUAUAGCUGUGACUCCACCAGGGUGAUUGCGAGCCCAAGUGGAUGUGUAACACAAGACCAAGGGCAUAAUUUGGGUGCUGAAGUUAGUUUAAUGGAGAUGACAGAGCUUGAAUACACCCGCCUUCAACAUAUCAGUCAGACACACAUGGACGCACAAGCUGCAGACUCAUAUGAGUCAGAUGCCAAAUUUCAUCCCACUUUAUUUGGCUUUGGCAGCCUUUACACCCAGCCAGCAACAUCUAUAUGUGAUGAUGCUGAAUCUGUGGUGAUUUCGUCCUCGCCAAUAAUCCAGGUUAUUGACCUCUCAACUUCAAAUGAUGAGCAGGCUGCCACAUCAAAUGCAAGCCAGCAGGAAACAGUGGACAUCCAAGAGCUAAAAAGGAUUCUUGUCGGAAACGAGGGUACCGCAGGAGAAAAAACUCCAACAAUUUGUGGAGAGGUCCCCACAUCUGUACUGGCCAGAGUCAAAAGUGAAGCCAUUGUGAGCCAUGCAGAAGUGCCUGCCAGUGGAAGUGCAUCUUCGCUAACCCGAUCGCACCCCUCUGCUAGGGUUUGUCUGGAGAAGAGGUUUAACUGCAUGCCCUGCAACAUCCCCAAAGAACAAGAUACUCAGUCAACAGUUCUUAGCAAUUUUUUGACAAUGCUUCAGCAGUCCACAGAGGCUCAAGAAGCAGCCAUACCUCCACAAAUGCAAAAGUUGAUGAGAUUGGAUCGUACUGAUCCAGUUGAGCUUUCAAACCCAUUUGGAGGGGGCAUGUUCAAUCCAAUUACUGCCAUGUGUGGACAACUAAAGGCACUUGGGCAUAUUCCUCAUGCAGUGGAACCCAACGAGCAUCAAAGGUUGAUCAUUCCAAGGAACUUUUCAUUCAGUUGUCACAAUCCUGAGAGUUUUGCCACAAAAGCCCAGUGCAUCAGUUGUACCGACCCAGUGGGGGAGCAACAGCGGGUGAAAGGGGAAAAUGUUCCUCCUCUUAAGCAUGUGAGGGCCCAGGGCUCUCAGAACUUCCUUGAGUCAAAGGGAACAGUUGGAGAAGCAGGGAUUACCACCAGGAAGAAAGCAGGACACCCCAUGGAAAAUAGCCAGCGCAGGGAGAGACACAACAAUAAGGAGCGGGAUCGCAGGAGGAGGAUUCGUCAGUGCUGUGAUGAGCUGAACAUGCUCGUGCCAUUCUGUAAUAAAGACACAGACAAAGCCACCACCCUGCAGUGGACAACUGCCUUCGUCAAGUAUGUCAAAGAAGACUAUGGCGAUUCGAUCAAACGGGAGUUCGAGAGCACAUUCUGUGUUAGGACAGGCCUCCGGCUGAAGCCCCAUGCCACCCUAGGUGAGGCCCCAGCCGACCAGGAGAUGGCAGAGACAGAGGCUCCCCUUGCUGUGGAGCAAUAA